CUAUCCCCCACUUCACUUACAAUUAUGUUCACUCUACUUUCUCUAUUGACAAUAGUGGGAACACUAUUUGUUGGUAUUGGAUGGUUCAUCGCUCGGUUAAACGGUGAACCUGUGGUUACUUCCAUUGUCUCGGAUAUCUUGUCGUUUAUAUAUCCCAUUCGCAAUGCUCGUGGAGAAUCAAUCGCUGGCCCCAGGUGGAAAUGGCCAAAUGGUCAGUGCAUAGAAAAAUUUCUAGAUGGAAGAGAGUGCAGCAGAGUAUGGAGCCGAUACGGCGCCGUUUACAGGGUCUGGGCAGGGACCAUUCCAGAGGUAGUUAUAACCAAACCCGAGGAUGUGCGAGUGUUUCAUUCGGACUCUCCUCACCAUAAUAAAGCCAGAUCAAGCAACGCCGGAUGGAUGUUUCAUGAACUUCUCGGCGAUUGUAUGGGGCUGAUCAAUGGUACAAGAUGGAAGAAAUUACGCGGCGAAUGGGAACCGUUCUUCGCUCAUCAUGGGGUGCGGAGCUAUAGCUCAUCUAUUGAAUCAGAUGCGCGCGGCUACGUUAAAUCUAUGGUAGCUACGGAAACCGCAGGAGCUACGUCUUUCGAUGUACACAGCGCACAUGCAAUCUCUCGAUUUCCAUUCAUGUGCACCGCCGAAUACAUCUAUGGUCCUUUAACUGAUGCUGAAAAAGAAAAGCUAUGGUCUAUUGGCCAGAAAAGUCUGGGACUGAUGGUACAUGUGCUCAAUGGGGGAGCUUUUCGCUACGAGCUUGGUCGUCCGCUGGAAGGAAAAGCAACUCAAGAGCUCAUCAACUUCCGCCACGAGUGGAUGACAUUUAAUGAUCAGAUAUAUCAGGCGAAAAAGACCGUUUCGUCACCACCGCCAAUCGUUCAAGCCUGGAAUCAGGUCCUCAACGGAGAGAUCCCAAUGAGUGAGACUCUACAGACAUUGAGCGAAAUGCUCUUCGCCAAUCUGGACGUUUCCACGCAUGUUCUCAGCUGGCUGGUUGCGCUGGUGGCGGAGAGUAGCUCCGUCCAAGAGCAGCUGCGUGAAGAAAUCCGCAAGAAUGUCGAUGAUCCGGAUGCUUACUACCGCCGUAAAGAUACGCUAUUACACCUCUGUUUCCUAGAAUCCCUUCGUCUUCGUCCGUUUACAGUUUUUACAAUUCCCGAAAGUUCUCCCACGGAGAAAGUAUUGGGCGGAUACGUGAUACCUCCAAACACUUCUGUCGUCGUCGACACCCUGAAGAUAAAUCACAAUGAAGCAUUUUGGGGUAAAGACAGCCACAUGUUCAAUCCAAGCAGGCUCCAACACGUCAAGCCCGCAGAGCUGCGAUAUAAUCUUUUUACCUUUGGCUUUGGGACAAGAAAGUGUCUUGGCCAGCAUUUUGCAGAUUCCAUGAUGAAAGCCUUUUUAUUCCAUCUUGUCAGCCAGUACAAGAUUUCUCAGUCAUCAUCCGCCCUAGCCGAGAAGGUUGCAGAUGACUCGAAGACUAGCUGGACUCCGAUUUCCGAUGUCAAGAUAGAUCUACAAAGGAUUGAAUAGAGUAACUUUGUCAAUAAUAUGUGUUACCACAGAUACAAAAAUAGAAGAGAAAAGCCCUGUGCGUGUACUUUCAUUGAUCGAAUAGUUGCUUCC